AUGAGGGUUAGCAGCGUUUGCGCUGCGUUACUUGUAAAAUAUAUACAACAACAUGGAGAACAUUUUACUAAGUCUGAUUCACAAUUAAAUCUUAGUUCUGCUUAUCAAGCGAAGACUAUACGUGAUUUCGAUACACAUAUUGUUAUACCAGAAUAUGGUUUUCAUGAUGUUGAACAUUAUUAUACUGAAGCAUCAUCAAAUAAACGGAUAAAAUAUAUUCAUACACCAACACUUAUUUUAAGUGCUAAUGAUGAUCCUGUUUGUCCUGUUGAUGGUUUACCAAUAGAUGAUGUUUUAAAAAAUCCAUAUAUUAUUGCAAUUAAAACUUUAGAAGGUGGAUAUGUUAGUUAUCUUCAAGGUUUGUGGCCAAAAGCAUUUUCUUAUGAUAACAUUGUUGUUGUUGUUGAUUAUAUUAAAGCAAGACUUAAACAAAGAGGGGUGUCCAAGGACUGA